AGCUGACCCUGAACCCACCUGAAGGCAUCGUAGCAGGACCGGCAAACGAGGAGAACUUCUUUGAGUGGGAGGCUCUCAUCAUGGGUCCAGAGGACACGUGUUUUGAAGGAGGUGUGUUUCCUGCCGUCCUCAGUUUCCCCUCUGAUUACCCCCUCAGUCCCCCGAAGAUGAGGUUCACCUGUGACAUGUUUCACCCCAACAUCUAUCCAGACGGUCGGGUGUGUAUCUCCAUCCUCCACGCUCCUGGAGACGACCCCAUGGGUUAUGAGAGCAGUGCAGAGAGGUGGAGUCCAGUCCAGAGUGUGGAGAAGAUCCUGCUGUCUGUGGUCAGCAUGUUGGCAGAGCCUAACGAUGAGAGUGGAGCUAACGUCGAUGCUUCUAAAAUGUGGCGUGAGGACAGAGAGCAGUUCUACAGACUGGCUCAGAAGAUCGUUCGCAAGUCUCUGGGCCUGUAGAGAUGAUGUCAUCACGCCGCUCUGUGUGUGUGUGUGUGUGUGUGUGAGUGUGUGUGUGUGCGUGCACACACUGCUGGGAGGAGGACUGUCCUUGAUACCACAGACACACAGAGCUGCAGACGGACAGAUCAAUGAACUGAUGGAUCGAAGACCAGAAACUGAUCAGAGGAGUUUCACUGAACACGACCUCACUUCCUGUUUCCUGUGUUCACCCCACCUCAGCAGUUAUUUGUGUGUCUGUCUGGUUGUGUGUCUGGUUGCCUGCUGCUCGUGUCUCCCUGACCUGGGCUCAUCAGAUUGAAGUUUCUGGGUGAACUUUGUGCACUUUAUCUCUUCCUGAUGUUAGGAUGAGCUGACGGAGGUCUUCAGAGAGGAACAGAAGGAGCUGCUUGUUUCUGUUCCUCAUGUCAAACUGAUUGUAAAUCCAUGUCCACCAGUUUAUUAAAAAACCUCAAACAUUUCA